GAUCUAUCGUUCCGCGAGUGCAAAACGAGGCGUAUACGUUGGUUGUGUUCCAAAAUUCACUGCCAGUACUGAAAAUAUAUAGUUUACGUGAUGUACAUUAUAGAUUUUCAGUACUGGCAGUGAAUUUUGGUACACAGCCGUAGAAGAGGCAGAUUCGCGAUUCCUGGCGAAGUGCGGAAAACGAUCAAGCGAGGGAGGAGUCACCCUUCAUCGCCGGAUGCGAGUGUCACUCUCUCUUAUCUGCCAGACAACGCUAUCCACGACCUUGCCAACUCAUAAGUAAGAAGCAACCGAAUAAAUUUCUCCUCUGGUACAGUUUAUUUGAAAUCCUGCUGGUACACCUGGAAAGUUUUGUUUGCUUUGCGCGCGGGAGGGACGAGGUUGAGCCGGAAGAAGAAGAAUGGGCGAUCAAAAGGACCCAGUACCGCUAUCCUCGCCACCCCCAUAUUCACCCCCGGUGGUGGAAAUGCAACCGUCGGUCGCAACAGCACCACCGCAACCGAAUGCGCCAGUACCAAUUGGCUGGCUGUCGCCGAAUACGACAAAUCUACUCGGUUUGCAAUACCUUAUGGAGCUUGACUACCUUUCUGUGAAGCAGACAUUUGGGCUCCUUCAAUUUUUUAGCGGGCGUGAUACUGGGAACAACUACGUUGUUAUGGACAUCAGUGGCGAACCAGUGUUUUACGUGGCAAUAGAAUCGAGCUUCUUUUCGCGAUUACUCUCGUGCGAGACACCUACUUUCGAAUUCAUUGUCUAUGAUCGAUAUCGUCUACAAGAAAUCCUGCGUAUGAUUCGUCUUUUCAACAGUAAGACUUUAGAGGUUUAUUCUGGAAAUACUCUACUAGGCAGCGUUACUCAAGAAUGGAGUCACUGCGAAAUAGUAUUCUAUAUUCGUGAUGCAUCCGGCCAGCCAGUGUUAAUAAUAAAGAAUAUCUCUCGUUUCUGUCAAAUAAUUUUUAAGGUCGAAUCCACAGAUGAUGAACAUAGUGUCGGCACGAUCCAGCAGCAAUCGAGUGAUGGAUCGUGUUUUAACAUUUCCGAGCUUAGUUUUGACAUUAAUUUCCCGCGCGAUCUCGAUGUAAAGAUGAAAGCUCUACUGUUGGGAGCGUAUCUUUUUCUAGAUGUCACAAACUACGGAAAACGAAGGUAAUGAUUCAUUCAUUUUAAUAUUUAAGAGAAAAAUAAAACGCAAACUGCUUGUACAAGCUUAUAAAAGAUAUUUUACACGCAGUAUAAAUAAAAAUAAAAAAGACACGCAUUUAGGAUAAAAUCUUACUAAUUGUGGGAUUAGCCACAUACACGUAUCGCUAUUCUAUUUUUUAAACACUUUACAAAUAGUCUUUGCUUUUUGAUAGUCCAUGAUUUUUAUAUAUAACGAGAAUAUGUAAAUACAUUAAGCGAAUACAUUAUACGAAUUUACACGUGAAAAUAUGAUGAAACUUGUAUUUGUUGCCGAAAGCACAGAAAUUUUGAGAAGCUCUCUAUUUUUUAUAAACGUGAUAAUCAUUUAUAUCUGCUUAAAUGAUUAUUCAUUGCUUCACAAUAUAUCUUUCUUUGCUCUAAAUUGUCUUUCGAAUAUUAAAUGAUAGAUAGUAUAAAUUACUAUUUUUUCAUACUUAUCUCUCGCACACACAAUCAAAUGUUUAUUCAAAUAUGUUAAGAUUGGAUUCACUUGUUGAAUGCAAUUUUAGUUUGUGUAAAUACUUUGUUGCUAUCUAAACUGUAAUAUUUAUUAAUACAAAUAUAAUUAUUUUUAUAAAGAUUUUAUAUAAUGCAGAGUUAAUAUAUAGAGCAGCACGGAGAGCAAUGUUCAAUAUUAUAAGACAAUAUAUAUUUGCAUUAAUGUAAUCA